AUGGUCUUUAACAAAUUCAGCCAUCUCGCGCGUCCCAGUCUCAGUAAGACUUUUGCACAUGGAUAUGCUCAAUCCUUUGUCGCCGGAGCCCAGACCAGUGCUCCUUUUCCCCUCUCCAAACAUCAGACAGCGAAGGCUGGCAGACCCAAGACCGCACAGCAACACACAGCUUUCUCGACUGCUCAGACCGGCUCGUCCUCGUCGACAAGGGCAGCACAGCAUGCUUUCGAGACUGCCCCGCCUCACGAUGGGGGUUUAAAGGCUUACUACGACGCAUGGCAGAAUCUCCAUCAGCACGGCGGAGAAUGGAGACAAUUCCAAUUUCCUAAGUUGAUCGAGCCAAGAGCCUAUCCCAAGGUACGAGAAAGCAAGGAAGCAGAAGGAAUAAUUGAGGCUACUGGAGAAGAUGCUUCUGCUGAUCGCGCUACAUUGGACCGCUCCUACAGCACUAGUGCCGUUGACGACAUCAGAAAAGCCCAGACAGGCGCAGAGGAGAUUGCUGUUGCCCAAGUCGACGAGGCAAUUGCGACUGUCAUCAAACAAAUCAAUGAAUCAACAACAGAGCAAGACCAUGUACUAAAACUGUCAGAUUCCUCGGCUCCGGGACUUAGCAAGCGCCUCAAUGGCAGGUUAAGUGAUGUCUCCACGUCGCCUCCAAUCGAAACUGAACAAGAGACUUCGUUGUCAACAUCACCAGUGAGCACCCAUACUGCAGCGACCUCCGUUCAGUCGGACCCGGAAUCUCAAGCCUAUUUACAGCGUAUAUAUGAUCUCAGUACUACAAAAGCUUACCGUGAUGUUCCACGAGCUUUCGAAACCUUGCUGUCACAUGGGAUUCAGCCUACUGUCGAAGCCUACAACGCUCUACUUGCUUCAGCAAUCAACAUACCAAUGGGAAAGCAUCAGCUCGUCCCUAAAGCACUUGGCAUAUAUUCGGAUAUGCUACGUCGAAAGGUUGCCCCAGAUGUAGCUUUCUAUUCGACUAUUAUUGAAGUUCUUUCUCGCCGCGCGCUGUAUGUUGCUCAAAUGAAACGGGGGUUCGAGGAGCAACUUCAAAGAUACGGUGCUAUGAACAGGGACGAUAAAUUUUUAUUCGCGUCGCAUACCGCGGAAUACAAUUUACUUGUUGAAGAUGAUGCCCUGAGUAAUGCUCUUAGACUUUUCGCCAACGCAAUAAGCAAGCAGUCAGAUGCAAACUUUUCCACCGAGACUUAUCAGCUUCUCAUCCACGCUUGUGCUCGGCAGCAGAACGUAAGCGGCAUGGUACAGGUGUACCAACAUCUUGAGCAUUGCAAUGUUGAACCUGCAGCUUCAAUUUUCCCGGAGAUGAUUGCUGCGUUCGGUCGGGUGGGGGACAUUGACAGUGCCUUAGAAUGCUACAACGAGUACAGGACCCUAGCCAUAGCAGAUGAUGGAGGAAAAUUCUCCAUUGUUGGGCGCAAUGAUGCAACUGUCUAUGCUUCGCUGAUCAGAGCUUACCGUGCUAACGGAAAAGACGAGCUUGGGCAACGAUUCCUAGGCAGAAUCACUGAGUCUUUUGCAACAGACACUCAGGAACGUCAUGACCAGCUCCUGGGUAUACGAGAAAGUGUCGACUUGGAUGCGAAGAUUCGACAACAUCUGGACGACGGCGAUUUUGAGACUGCACUUGCAAUGGUCGAGAACUGCUCAAUGUCGCGACAGACAUCACAGCAAGCUCUAAAGGAAAUUUCAAUCGCAGCUUCUGACAGCUCCAACACCAAUGUAGCGAUUCAAGCUCAUCAACAGCUAUCGACGGGCUCAACUGCUCGUCUUGAAGCUUCUGUGGCCUUGUUAGCCUUGCAUGUUCGCAAUCAAGACCUGAUGACUGCAACUUCCCAAUGGAUUGAGCUAAGAAGUAUCAAAAAUCCUACGUCUUUGCUCCUAGAGCCCACUGUUCAUUACAUACGUGCGUUGAUGUCCAACAGAUACGUGGAGCAAGCUUCCAACGAAAUGCGCGCAAUGUUUAGUCAAAUAAGAGCUACAGCCACAGGAGCUUCCGCUCAGAACGAUAUUUCUGAUCAGAUUGACGAAGCUAUAUCUGUCAUUGCGCUGUCACUUCCUAAUGAUAGCCAGGCAGUAUCUGCCGUUGCAAGCUCAAACAUCUUGUGGGCAAUGGUCGAGAAUGGUGGAAUCAUUCCUCAUAUUGCUGAGCAAGUAAUGGCAGAGCUUGGCCCCGAGCAAGUUACAAGUCUUGGAUGGCAAGAUCUCGCCCUGGCGCUUCAAGUCCAGGCUGGCUUGCUCAACAAUGUUUCCAGUGACCUUGGAUUAGCCCACAUCUCGAGAAUGGAUCACUUAAUUAAUCUCAUUACGAGCAGUGGUGUUGCUCUUGAGCAACCGACCAUGGACAUGGUAGAGAAAGCCGUCCGCAAGUCGUCUUCAAGCCAGAUUGAUAUCUUUGGCCGCUGGAAUGGCUACAAGCAAUCUCUUCUUGAUCAUGCUCAGACCCAGACGAAGCCUUCGGCAACUCGACUUCUCCAUGCGGCUGCCCCUACAGCAGAGAGCUACGACCCUCAUGCCGCCACAACAGACUAUCGUGGCUCAACCAUAAUCGUAGAGGAGCUUGAAAAUCACCGAAAUUCCAAUGGACUCAAAGAGGCUUUGAAUCGGUUCCGGAACAUUCGUCGUGCUGGCAUGCAUCCACGAUACAUUGUCUACGCGAAGCUCAUCACUGCCGCUGCAAAGGAAGGCAGGACCAAUCUUAUACACGACAUCCUUGGCAUGGCUCGUCACGACGUGCCCUUUAAGCUGGACUAUCCGGUCGUUCGCCAUGGCUGGUCCUCCAUUCUCGAUGCAAUGGUUGGCGCAUGCCUUACAGCAGGCAAGCGCGUCCUGGCGGAGCAAUUCCACCAGGAGAUGCUCGACAUGGGUUCAGCUCCCUCAGCUAAUACGUAUGGACUCUAUAUCACAACACUUAAGGAAUCGACCAAAACGUUCGACGAAGCUACUGAGGCUGUGAAGAUCUUCCAUCGUGCCGCGUCUGAAGGCGUAAUUCCUUCGUCAUUCCUAUACAAUGCUCUCAUCGGCAAGCUCGGUAAAGCUCGUCGCAUCGAUGACUGCUUGCGCUACUUUCAAGAGAUGCGAGCUGCCGGCAUCCGGCCAACAAGUGUGACUUAUGGCACUGUUGUCAACGCACUUUGCCGAGUCAGUGACGAGCGUUUCGCUGAAGAGCUUUUUGACGAAAUGGAGUCCAUGCCAAACUACAAGCCUCGCCCAGCUCCGUACAACAGCUUGAUGCAGUACUUUCUGACGACGAAGCGUGACAGCGAGAAAGUCCUCGCUUAUUAUCUGCGCAUGCAGUCAAUGAACAUUCAACCUACAAUGCACACGUACAAGCUACUGAUCGAUACUUAUGCCACCCUAGAGCCAAUCAAUCUAGAGGCUGCGGAAGGUGUACUUGAUACGAUCCGUGCUCAAGGUUUCGAACCCGAGGCAGUUCAUUAUGCAUCCCUGAUCCAUGCCAAAGGUUGUGUACUCCAUGAUAUGGAGGGUGCACGCGAAGUCUUCGACAAAGCCCUGGCAAGCCAUGGAGUUCAACCUCAUGCCUGCUUAUAUCAAGCCUUGUUCGAAUCAAUGGUUGCGAACCACUGCGUGGCUGGUACGGAAGAAGUCCUCGACUCUAUGUCCGCUAGUGGCGUGGAAAUGACCCCUUACAUUGCUAAUACACUAAUCCAUGGCUGGGCCAUGGAGAAUCGAAUCGCAAAAUCGAAAGCUAUCUACGACAGCGUCGGCAAGGAUAAGCGGGAGCCAAGUACAUACGAGUCAAUGACACGAGCGUUUCUGACUGCCGAAGAUCGCCAAGGAGCUCUCAACACUGUUCAUGAAAUGCUGUCCAGAGGCUAUCCAUCAGCUGUGUCUAGCAAGAUCCUCGAGCUUGUCGGCCAUGGCACAGCACGCGUAUCAAAUGCUAUCUGGCCAAAUUUGAUUGCUUAG